AGAACAGAAAAAACAAAAUAACAAAAAAUAAUACUAGAAAUGAAAUGAGUGCCUACUUAAAAUGCCUGCCUGCCUUAAUUGAUAUUGGCGUGAUGCAAGGUCCCCGUGGAAGAUCAAUCAGCAGUAACAUUAGAAACAAAACAACACCCACCAAUACUAAAAAUACCACAACCCCAGCAACAAGAACAACAACAACAGCAGCAACUAGCUUUCAUCCAGACGAAGCAAUCAUCGAAACUACUAACAGCUUUUCUCCAAUGUAUACAUCAGCCUCCCAAUCAUCCUUCGGAAGUAUAAAUUCAGCAACAAAUCUACAGCCCACUGGUGGUUAUAGACGUAUACCAGAACAUUAAAAAUUUAAGAAGUUAUAAUAUUAUUUUCCUUAUUAUUUUUCGUUUAAUAUUAUUAAUAUAUAAUUAUAAUAUAUAAAUAAAUAAAUCGUAAGUAUGGCUGAGCCACCUUUAUAAAAACAUUUUACGGGAAAUUAGAAACUAAAAAUCAAUGAAAUAAUUAUUUUUUUCCUAUAGUUACCUUGAAAUUUCCCUUUUAGCUAAACUUGGAGUUAAAAAGUGUUACAAGUAUAGUUUCAAAUUACAGUCUUAUACAAUGAAAGCAUAUCUUAAGAUUAUUUUUGUCUUAAACAUCUAAACAAUUUGGUUUAUUACGAAAGAAAAAGACAAUAUGAUCACAAAUUUUCUUCUCUCAUUUCAAAUUAUUAUUUAUAUUUUUUAAAUAUUUUUUAUCAAUUAUUAUUAUUUAGAUGUUAUUGUAGGGUAUGCCUUUAUUAUUUAGUUUUAUAUUCAUAUAUAUUGCACUGAUUUUGAAGGUUUUUUUUUAAGUUAUUGAAUUUGAUUUUGAACUGAAAUUGUG